UGCGAAGGAAUUAUAAAAAGCGGCGGGAAGAUCUGAAACAAAGACUCCUCAUUCUUUUUUUUUUCUGGUUCACGAUGUUUCGCGACCAGGUGAGAGUGCUGGCCGGUUGGUUUAAGGGCUGGAAUGAGUGCGAGCAGACGGUGGCGCUGCUGUCGCUGCUGAAGCAAGUGAGCAGGACGCAGGCGCGAUUCCUGCAGCUCUGUCUCGAGCACUCUCUUGCGGACUGCACCGAGCUGCAGGUGCUGGAGUUAGAAGCGAACAACCCCGUUCUGAUCAGCCAGUGGCAGGGCGAACCCAAGGAGCGGGUCCUUUCUCUGAUGCUGACCCAUCUGCCGCUGCUGCAGCCGGGCAACAUCGAGGCCAAGGGGGAGUACAUGCAGCUGCUGCCCAAGAUCCUGGCGCACUCCAUCGAGCACGGGCGCCACCUGGAGGAGAGCCGGCAGCUGCUGUCCUACGCAUUGAUACACCCGGCUACGUCUCUGGAGGACCGGACAGCGCUGGCGCUGUGGCUGAACCACCUGGAGGAGCGUGCUGCCGCGCGGGCGGACUCUCUGGAGCGCGCCCAGACCCCUCACCACCUCUUCCCUCACCACCAGCGGCGCGGCUCAGACGACAGGCUGAACGGCUGGCAGAACCCCCGGGACUCGGGCUUUGGCGGGGGCAGCUGGCAUCAGCAGGGGUGUGAGAACGGGCACCUCUCCCUCUACCCCUCCACCUCCGUGCCAUCCACUAUCAAUGCCCUUGGCACUGCCAGCAGCACCAACACCAUCCUGCCCGGCGGGCACAGCGGCCAACAUAGCCCCCUCAAGCGUUCGGUGUCCCUCACCCCCCCGAUGAGCGCGCCAGAGCGGCAGCCCCUCGGACACGGCUGGCUGUCCCAGGAGGACCUGCACUCGCGAGUCCCCGUCCCCGACCAUGCCCCCCUGUCCCCCCAGAGCAGUGUGGCGUCCUCGGGCAGCGGGGGCAGCGAGCACUUGGACGAGGGCCCGCACGUGACUGGCACGGCACACUGCACCACAUUCCACGAGGAGGGCAGCGGCAUGAGGGACGUGCCAGCCUGGCUGAAGAGCCUCCGUCUCCACAAGUACGCAGCUCUCUUCUCAACCAUGACCUACGAUGAGAUGAUGUCACUGACAGAGAGGCAGUUGGAAUCGCAGAACGUCACCAAAGGAGCGCGGCACAAGAUCGUCAUCAGCAUCCAGAAGCUGAAAGAGCGGCAUAUGGUGCUGCGGUCCCUGGAGAAGGACGUCCUGGAGGGGGGCGGGCUUCGUGCCCCUCUGCAGGAGCUGCACCAGAUGAUCCUAACGCCCAUCAAGGCCUACAGCGGAGAGGAUUUGGAACAGCGGCCCAUGUCAGGCUCCGAGGGGAAGGGCAGUGCCCUGUCAUCGCAGCUGGGAGGGGGUGAGGGGGAGUCGGGGGGCAUGCUCAUCUCAGAAGGGGAUCUACCUGCACAGUUCACACGAGUCAUGGGAAAAGUCUGCACUCAGCUCCUCGUCUCCAGAGCCGAUGAAGAGAACAUCAGCUCAUACCUGCAGCUCAUAGACAGGUGUUUAAUCCACGAGGCCUUCACAGAGACACAGAAGAAGCGCCUGUUGUCAUGGAAACAGCAGGUGCAGAAGCUUUUCAGGUCAUUACCACGGAAAUCCCUCUUGGACAUAGCAGGGUAUCGGCAGCAGAGGAGCCGUGGCUUCAAUCAGUCCAACUCCCUGCCAACAGCGGGCUGCGUGGGGGGAGGGGUGAUGUCGCGGCGGAGCCCACGCCAGUUCCAGGUGCCAUCGCGCAGCCUGUCCGGAGCUAGGCUUAGCUUUCUGGGAACCAGCAGCAUCCUGGGGGCGUCCCAGCGCAGCCCUGCCAGCACUCUUAGCGGGCACAAGCAGGGCAGGCAGGGCCUGUGGUUUGCCAACCCUGGAGGCAGCAACAGCAUGCCCAGCCGGACUCACAGCUCGGUGCAGCGCACACGCUCGCUGCCCGUCCACACCACGCCACACAACAUGCUCCUGUUCCAGCAGGCUGAGUUCCAGGUGCCAGUGACAGAACCAGAUAUCAACAAUCGCCUGGAAUCCUUGUGCCUGAGCAUGACGGAGCAUGCAUUGGGAGGUGAUGAAUAUAAUCAAAGAGAUUCGAGUGGAUUCUAGCAAAGUGGCACGGGAUGGUGUUGACCGGACAUCGACCAUCUGAGGCCAUAGAGAGAGGAGGGCCAGGGAGACAGUGCUGGCCGCGAGUCAUAGGGGAGAGGUAACCCAGGGGUCAAGAAGGGUCACCUGCCCGCCGUCAUUCUCACCUGGACAGCCAACAAAGCAGCGUUCACCACUUACUGGCUCCUUGUUUGUUAUUCUCCAUUUUUAUUCUCCUCAAUUCGUAAGCAAUUUUUUUUUUAUAAAACAAGUUAACAAGCACCAGGUUUUUCAGAAGAUAUCGGAAAAGGCCCCCCCCACCUCAAGACUUCAAGAUAUCCAUGGAAACUGCGAGCUGCUCCAGUGGAGCAGUCAUCUCGUAACUUACAAAUUAGAAUGGUGGGGGGGUACCAAACAGGAAGCCGUGAACCUGUGUGACCAAUUGCUGAGUGAGAAAGAGUAGACACAAGUCAAUUCACAGGAGAGAGCAAGUCCUCCAAAAUCAAGCAAUGAAACAACCUAACUAGCAUGUCUUUUGGAUAAAGAAUAAGACAGUGGGAGAAACAGUGCUUUGUAUAGAUAGGAAAAGCAAAUAUAUAAUUAUUGUUUACAUAAAAAUGCCAAUAUUAAGGGUACAGAAACAUUUAUAAAAGUUCAGGUAUGAAUGUUAUUCUUCUAUUUUUUAGGGUUUUUUUGGACAGUGUUAUUGUAAAUGCUUAUUGUUUUAUCAUUUUCUUACAGUAGUUAUUAGCUGAUGCUUUUUGUGUUUGUUUUGUUGUUUCCAGCCAGCAGCAAAGCUGUGUGAAAAUAAUGUUGUUGUUUAUUUGUAACAGCUCAAGGGUUGGGCUGAAAGAAUAAGGGAUUUGCUAGGUGUCUGAAAGAGGAAGGGAAUUGUGAUGAAAAGAAGAGGCGAGAGUGAGGGGGGAUGAUGAUGAUGCGGUUAUUUAGUUUCCAUAAAGCUGGGUCCUGUGUGCUUGUUUCGGUUAAAUUCUUCACUUUUAGCCGCACUGAUGUGGUUCAGAGCUGGCCAGAGUCGGUUGUCUGUAGUGGUGUGACCCGCGGUUAAUUAUCUGAAGGGUUGAAUAUUAGCGGUAAGCGAGCCCUGUGUUUGCUCCGCUGUGUUUUUCAAGCUCACUUGUGCACAUGUGUUUAAACUGCAGCCAUCUGCUCAGAGGAUGAACUGCGGUGGUUGAGAAGAGGGUGAGAGAGGGAUGUAGAGGAGGAAGAAAGUUGAAGAGAAAAAAAGGCAGGCAGGUCUAAUGAAGGUGUAAUGAGAAGGAGGUAGAGUAAGUUUCAGUAUUAUUGAAUUGAACACCCCUUGAGAAGGGGAUCAUGCUAUAGAAUCCUACCUAUAAUGCCUGUGUUUCCAUUAGGCACUGAAAAUCACAAACUCGUCCCUCUAUGUGCUGCUGUUUCUAGUCAGUGCUUGGGACAGCGUUGCUUAGCUUUAAACUCAUUCUUCUGGAGAAGAAGUGACCUCUGUGUGUCUUUGUUUUCCCUGGGAGUAUUCCAAAUGUUUGUGAUAGAAAUCUGGGAUUCUCCCAUACGAGUUGUCAAGCAGAAACAAGGCCUUAGUGAGUCAAAUCCAGUAGACUGCAGGGGCCAGUUUUUUUUUUUUUUUUUUUUUUUUUCUGGACUUGAAAUGAAGUCCAGUUCCAAGUGCCAAAAGUAUUAAAAUACUCUUGAGUUUCAAAUGUACGACUAGGGGUGAAGUUACCCUGGUAUGCAGGGUCAUUCAGAGGUCAGGGAUAAUACUGCCUGUAGAAUAUUCUUAAAGUAAGGUGGGAGUUUUAUUUCUGUGUAACCCCAUGAUAUAAAUUAAAUCUCCUUUAUCUUUCCUGCAGCUCCCUGAACAGCUGUAAUCACCCCUGAGGCCUCUGCAUGUCACAUUGGCCCUCUGUAAUGACAUUGAUGAUACAGCAGGGGGCGCUCAGUAUUAACAUAGGCAGCUGUGAAUGUGCUGUUAAUCCUGAUUUGGGAAUAACCCUGUGUUGUUCAGAGUGAUACUGAAGGUUUGGACACUAAAGCAGUGCCUUGUAUGUGCACCAGAAAGCUAUGCAGAUUGUUUUCACAACUUGGUUGAAUCAGAAUCCAGUACUGGAAUGGACUGCAGUGAACUCAGUGGGGUUGGAAUUGGCUUUCAUGAAGUGAAGUACAGUUCAGUGCCUGGAAAUGCAUGGCUGUGCAAAGCAAAAUACUGGUAUGACUGGUGACACUAUAACACAGGUGGUGUUAAUGACGCUGAAAUUACACACUAGCAACACUGCUACAAAUGUAAUGAGUGGCUUCCAAAACUAACGAAUUACACAAGCAAUUAAACAGUAACACAACUGGACCAGUGUUAUUAAUGCCACUUAGUGUAAACUGUUUCUGAAAAACUCAGACAAGACACACCGAAAUUGAGGAGAAGUCCUAAAAACUAUUUUCAGAUUCAAAUUAUUAUUUAUUUCUUUUUUCGAUUGCUGUUGCAGAGGUAGCUGUUACAUUCGUUUGAUGUAUUAUUUAAGAUACUCUUUGUAUUAACUUGCUAUGGCUGGUGUCCAUAAGUGCAUCUCAGAUAUUAGCAUAGUUAUGUUUUUUUAUUUUUCAUUUUGAAAUAUAAUCUCUUAUAUUAAAGUUAUAGGAUGAGAAAAAUUUAUUUGGGAUUGUUGGUCUAUCUUGAGAUUCGGAUGAGAGCAGCCACUGUGUUUCAAUAAAGCACAAGAAGCAAGGGGAGGGCUCUUGCCACUGAUCAGCUUAGCAGGGUCCCAGCGUCCGGGCGGGGUGCUGUAUCUAAGUGCAGGCAGCACAGAGCAUUGUUGCAUUUAUUCCACCUGUAAUCUGGAAACCAGCCGUUAGGCUGUAUAGCUUACUCAACAGUAGCCUAUAAGUAACCUAAAGUUAUUCUAGGCUAUUCCAGAAAGUAUACAACAUUCAAUUGACCAAAUGUGCUUUUAAAAUGUUUUACUAAUUAUAUAUCAAGGGUAGUAUCUCAAAAGAGCAUCAUUACUUAGUUUAUUUUUUUGUAUUUUGAGACACAGCAUGCCAUUUUGAUUGCUAAUGUCUGUAUACUAUACUGUGCCAAAACUUUGAUAUGCAAAUACGGUAAAAGUACAGCUAGCGCUUGUCGUGCAAACUACAAAUACUGUAAGCAAGCAAGAUGGUGUGCAAACGCCAAAAAGGAAUAUUUCUCACAUACAGCCCUCCGUACACGUACAUAGGUAAUAUGUGUAUCUGUGUGUGCCACUUGUGAUGACGUUAGGUCCAUUACAAUCACUGCAAUUACAAUCACUACAAUCACAUCCAGGUGUGACCUCAGUAUCUUAGUGCAAUAGCAGUACACUGCCUGCUCCACGGUCCUGCACCCCCAGACCACCCCCUCCUGGCAAAAAAUAAAUACAUGUAACACCUGGCAUCUUGGUGGUGUUAUUUACCAAGCAUAUUUAUCCAGUGUGCCACGGUAUAGCUAAGGGCUCACAGGAAAUAAAAUAAAGAAAUACUGGGAAUACUCAGUUUGCAGGAUCUGUACUUAUAGAACAUUGUAUAUUUUUAUUCAACUGAUACCAUAGUUUAUUACUUGUCUGAUCACUACAGUUUGAAAUACUACACUUCAUGCUAAGGAGAAAUAGUUGAUUAAAUACAGAGUCUGAUUAUAGAAGGAUGUGCAGAAAUGGUUGUGAUUUCCUGCAGUUUAACUUUGUGUGUUCCCCCCGGGCUGUCUCUUCAGGGCCUGUAUUGACUGCAGGUUUAGAACAAUUUGAAAAAAAAGCAUUAUUUAUAUAAAAUGCAUGCAUAAAUCUGUGAAGUCAGAUAUUUAGAAUAACAAACGGCAGUGCCUUUUUCUUUUGUACUCAUGCAUCUACACCAAAUGUAAAAUUAUUUUAUAUGGAGUUAUAAAAGAAUAUACAGAGGAAGCAAAAUAGUGACGAUGAUAAUAAUAAUAGUAAAAACAAAAGUACAAGAUAAGAAAUAUUUAAUAACAUUUAUAAACCUUUGCUGGUGAUUUUGUGUUAUGUAAAGCUAGGUGAAACAGAAGCCCUUAUGUCAACUGACUGGUGCGGUCAGCUCAUCAUGUUACCCUGUAUUUGCUUCUAAUGCCAGUAUGAAGAGUCAUGUGCAUCUCUGUAAUGAGGGGAGGGUGUGUAUGUGUGUGUGUGUCUGUAAAUUGGAGGUCUAACAUACUGCAUAGUGCUUUUGACUUGUGUCACAAUAUGUAUUGUGUGCUGAAUCAAUGCACAAUCAUGCGUAUGCAUGGGUAUCUGUGUGCUUGUGUUUCUAUUCGUUUAUCUUUAUGUUUAUGUGUGGGGUCUAUGUUACACCCACAGGUAACGGGAAAAGUAUUCAAAUAAAAAAAAAAAGGUUUGAUGAAAAA